CCCACACAGAAACACCUACCAUCCACAUUCCUACAAGCUGUUGUCUCCAUUCUCUCUCUGCAACUUCUCUCUAAACAAAUCUCAUUUCAAAGAGGAAUCGUAGUCUUUCUUUCUUUGCUAAACAACAAGAAAAUGGAGGCAAUGAAAAUGAAGGUCUUUGCUGUCUUGAUGGUGGUCUUGAUGGCCUUUUCAACCAUGCAAAAGGCAACAGCUGCCAAUGCACCAGCACCAAGCCCAACAUCUGAUGCCACCAUCUUUGUUCCCACAUUCCUGGCAUCGUUUGUUGCUCUUGCUUUUGGGUUCUUCCUUUGAGCCACCCAACUUCAACUCAUUAGAUGCUUUACCAUGUUUUUUUCUCAUUUCUUUCCCUACCCAUCUUUCUUUCUCCCUCUCUGAUUACAUUUCUUUACUCUUUGGUAAUCUUGGAUCUUUCACGCUACAACAUGGGAGAGACAAAGGAAAGAGGGAGAGGAAAUGGGUUGGGAUUUUUCUUCUUCUUAUUUUGUAUUUAUUUAUGUAUUGUUGAUCUUUAAAGUCAUGUACUUGGGGUGUGAUUGAUAUAUUUUGAUGGCAUUUGUAUUGUAAUUAUCAUGACUUGUAUAAUUCUUGUGUCUGUUUUUUUUUUUUUGGGAGGGGGGGAAUGUGGAGCUAGAGUAUUAGCUAGCCUUGAGCUUGGAUUUGUGUUGGUGGAUUUUGUCCAUCCAUUAUUCAUGUAUCCUACUUGCCCUUGAGCUUCUCUCACUUGUAUUUGUGAUUUAUUCUAGUAAUAAAUCUUCUUUUACUUCUA